AUGCAUCCCUUGGGUUUGUUUCAGGGCACGUCUGAGCACCUCAUGGCGCAGUUGGUGGAAGACAACUCUGUUAUAGACCCGACCUACGUGGAGGACUUUCUCCUCACGCACAGGACGUUCAUUGACUCGCCGGUCAAGGUGGCAAACCAGCUCUUUGAAUGGUUCUCGGAUACGAAACUCAGGGAUCGCGUGACCCGCGUCGUACUCCUCUGGGUCAACAACCACUUUACUGACUUUGAAAUGGACCCGGAAAUGAUGCAGUGGCUGGAGAAGUUUGAGACGGCCCUGGAAGCUCAGCGGAUGACGGGCCAGCUGCGCCUGCUCAACAUUGCGUGCGCAGCCAAGGCGAGAGCCAGGACCAUCACGCUCACGAGGCCGAGUCGGGACGAACCGCUCCAGUUUACGCUCUUACCGCAGCCGUUGACGACGUUACCGCCGCCUUUGGCAAUACCACCGCCGCCACCGACAGCUGUGACUUCUUCCCACAAGACGAGUGGCGGUGGUGGGAAGAAGGGCGGGUCAAUAAGUGGCGGUGAUCCUACUGCUUACCACCACAAUAACAGCAACAACAGCAACAAAUACGGUGGCGGCACUACUACUACUACUGGUAUUGGAGGCGGUUGUAAAGGGAUCUUCAUUGCCAUGGUCGAGCCUGGGUCGCGGGCGGAGGAGCUGGGUCUCAAGCGCGGCGAUCAAAUCCUCGAAGUGAACGGGCAGAACUUUGAGCGGGUUCCUUUCCAGAAGGCCGUGGAGAAGUUGCUGAGUGCCACGCACUUGGCCAUCACGGUCAAGUCCAACCUCUUGGGCUUCAAGGAGAUGUUGGACAAGAUGAAGGAGCCGCCGCCGUCAACGACGGAGCCUGUGGCGAGUAACUUUGUGCACCACGUGCAUACCAUGUACCCGGAGUCGGGAAUGGGAUCUAGUACUUCUACUACUACUGGUGGGGUUGGUGGAAGAGGAUCAUCAUCAUCGGGUGCAGGAGGCGGACACCCGAGUCCAUUGUUGGGCAAUUUCACGCUCGAGACGAUUGCCUCGUCGCCGGUCUUGAAGGACCGGUCGAACCACAAGGGCGGCGGGUUCAUGACGCUGGGCCACAAGACCCGCAAGGCCAUCAAGAAGAUCACCAACAUCCCGACCAAGUUGAUUGGGUCAGUUGAC